UGACACUAGAACUUAACAAAUAGCUGCAGAGAAGUGCGGCGCGGUCCUCGGGACCUGAACAAAUAGGAAUGCAGGACUCCGGAGUAGGCGGGGCGUUGGAGCCCUUGCGGACGUAAGCAGGAGGAAGAAGCUAAUUCUGGUAGCCAUUACGCUGCGCACCUCCAUUAAGUAAAUCCUACUAUUUUUGCGUAUACUACGUACACUUUUUUUUAAAAAAAAUUAAUUAAAGAAAAAAAUAAAUAAAACAUUUGCAAUAUAAUGGCAUCUCAAGCCAAAAAGAGAAAAAUGAAUUUUUCUGAAAGGGAGGUGGAGAUUAUACUGGAGGAGAUGGAAAAACAAAAACACAUUCUCGUUAACCACUUCAAUGCCGGGGUGACGCACAUUACCAAAAACAGCGCCUGGGUGGAAAUACUGAAAAGAGUGAACGCCGUGACCACCUGCCAGCGAGAGCUGGCCGAGGUCAAAAAAAAGUGGUCCGAUCUCAAAACCGAAGUCCGGCGCAAAGUAGCCCAGGCGAGGGCGGCUAUGGACGGGACGGGCGAUUGCACUUCGGUCCCGGUGAUCCUAACAUCCACGCAGCAGCGGAUUUGCAAUUUGCUGGGCGAGGCGACGAUCAUCAGCUUACCGGCUGGAGACAGGGGAACCGAGAUCCCGGUAGCGAUGCCACUGAGUUCGCCAACAACCGUAACGAUAACGCAAAACGAGACCACGUACCACACGCUGGAGGAGGGGGUCGUGGAAUACUGCACCACGGAGCCCCCCCCCGCCACGGAGCCCCCCAUGGAAGUGCUAACCAGCCCGGGCGAGGGCCCCUUGAAGCCUCAGGAACUCAAGAGCCGCAUCGCGCUCAACUCGGCCAAGCUGCUGCAGGAGCAGAGAGUGACGAACCUGCACGUGCGCGAGAUCGCGCAGCACCUGGAGAACCAGAACGACCUGCUGCAGAUGAUCCGCCGCUCGCAGGAGGCCCAGGCGUGCGCGCAAGAGCGCCAGGCCCAGGCUCUGGAGGGCACGCAGGCCGCCCUCAUCGCCCUCAUCCAGAUGCUGCGCCCCGCCCUCAAAGACUUCCGCAAGUUCCUGCAGAGCAGCACCGGCAACAACUCGAUCGCCAGCGCCCCGGCGCAGAACGAGCAGCCCGCUGAAACCGGACCGCAGGACAGCGGGCAGCCCUAGAGGACCCUGGAGGGUUAACACGGGGAAAAAGUGUGACCGAACAGGUCAAAACAGACACUGAGAAGCGAACGACAGACACUGCACAGUGAAAGCGUGGGGGUACGGAAUGGUUGUAGGGUUGGGGCUCAGUUUCUGUGUUUUAGUUUCCAGGUCUGUUUUAAGCUGUUCCAUCACGUCAUUGAUCAGAAUUUCAGUGAGCACUGUUCCGUUAAGACGAGCUUCUCUCUGUGGAAAAACAAAUGACUUCAAUUGCAGUGUUGCAACCCUUUUUAUUUGCAAGAGACAUUUUUGUGUACAGGAGACUUUUGCAUUAGUGUUUUAUUUGAUUCCCUUUUAUUAUUCAACAACAACAUUCAAAACUACAGGUAGACCACGCUUUAUAUACUGCGUAUUAAAUAUAUAUUUUAAUUUAAACCUGCUUAAAUUCUGUUUUGUACAGUGCUUCAAUAAACAUGGGGGGGAAAAGGGAUAUCAUUUAUUUGUUAAUCCAUAACUUCAAAAGUUAGUGAAACAAAUGGACUUGAAAUGAAAGCAGUUGAACAGUUAUUUAUGUCUCAAAUAUAAAUUCCAUUCCUGUGGGUUUUUUUUACUAUAACGCUGUACUACUUGAACUGCUGUAUUUGUAAAUAAUGUUUUUAAAUUGAAUUAGAGUGUAUUAAACGCCAGCCACUUGCACUUAAUAUCGGGACAUAUUAAAUAAUGAAAGAAAAACUCAAGCAUCUUAAGGAGGCGUGGGACUCGGGUUGGAUACUGUGAUACUGCAACGAAUCCAGGAGAGGGCGCCCCACACAAACAUUUUGACGAACAGUAAACUAUGACGAAUGCGCUCAAUUUGCACUAGUGAAAAGU